AUGGGCCCCGUGCCCGGCCAAGGGUCCACUCCCAUCGGCGCCAGCGCUCCAGCCGGCCGCGGCUCCGGGCCGGCUCACGCCCCACACGCGCGCAGCGCCUCCUCCUCCUGCCGACGUCCGCGCUCCCCUGCGCCUGACGACUCCGUGCCGACUCUCCCCUGCCGUGGCGACCUCCUCGUCGUCUCCAGCCCCGCACGGGAGCAGUCCCGCGCCCGUCCGCGACCAGCCGUCCGCGCCCCUGUAGCCCGCCGGCCGGCCCGGCCGCCUGCUGCUCCGCCCGCCUGCGGCGGCUCGUUCCCCCUCCGAGCGACGGUCCCCCACGUCGCCCCGCUCCUCCGCCUGCGGCCGGCUGGCCGUGCCGCCCGGCGAUGGGCCCCGUCGCCUCGCGCCACCUCCGCCUCCGCCCACGGCCGCCUGCUCGCCUCGGCCGGCUCCCGAAGUCGCCGCGCCCGCCGGUGGCCGCCUCCGCUUCCGCCCGCGGCCGGCCGACUCGCCUCCCCGGACGGCCGGCUCCGCCCGCGCUCCCGCGAUUGGCCGACUCGCCUACCCGGACGGCCGGCUCUGCACGCGCCCCCGCGGCCGGCCGGACUCGCCGCCCCGCGCCUCCGACCUCCGGCCCGAGCGCCCCCGCCCCCGGCUUGGUUUCGUCCGCGCCUCGGCGCCUGCCCCGCCUUGCGGCCCCCUCUGCCUGUGCGCCCCAUGGCCGGCCGCGCCAUGCCCGUCGGAGGCCGGCUGCGCCCCGCACCGGCUCGCGCCUGCGCCGGCCGCUUCCCGCCUCGGCCGUGGCCUUCGCUGGCCAGCUGCCUAGAAGGCAGAGAGGGAGCCGGCUGA